AUGGAUGAGCGGUUAUCACUUUUACAAAAUCAAAAAAGCCCAAAUACCUAUCCUAAGGCCGAAUCACACUUUAAAAUGAUCAACCGAAAGAUAAUUCCUCUAGAAACUCAAGAAACCAAGGGGACCCAUACUGAAGAAUUAGUACACACCGGCUUAACUUUGGCUGGAAAAGGACUUCAAACAUCUAAGUCACAAUCGCAAGUGUUCACGCGUUAUUCUUUUAAAAUGAAGAACAAGAAUUUUUCAGCUGAUGAUGUUCACGCUCACAAUUCAUCUAAUCGCAUAGAAACAAGCAACUCCAAAGAACAAUUUAAUCCAAAGAACCUCCCCACCAACGAGACAAUAGAUAAAUAUUUUAAUGAACUACUGGAAGGUGGUACCUUUUUUUGGGGUUCUGCCCAAAAGAAUUUACAGACAAUGACAUAUAAAAGGAAAUGGGAAUUGAUAUGCAAGAUGAAUCAAACUGAUGCAGAGACGACAACUUCGAGUCUACCUCCAACCAAAGAUGUAGAAAAUGCAAUUAAGAAACUGAAUACUCUUGUCGCUUCUCCAAAAAACCUUUCUAAAAGCCUAUAUCAACUGGAAAGAAUGUUACGUCAAACUAAUAUAUGUCAAAUAUUCCAUAAUCGGAGAAAGAUUGAAAUCUUAGUAAAGUGGAUUCCACAAGUUGGUAAAGAUGACUUGUAUGUGUUUCUCCGAUGUUUCAAAACGAUGAUGAAUAAUGCCGAUAUUAGAAUAUCCAUGCUUGAUUAUCCUGAACUACUGUCAUAUUUAUGUUCGCUAGUCUCCUCAGAGUCAACAUCUUUAAGAUGUCGUCUCCAAGCCUCAGAUAUACUACUGCUGUUAACUUACAUUGAUAACCAUUCCGGUUAUGAGGUGGUUUGGAAGCAGUUGAGGCCACAUAUAGCUGAAUGGUUGACAAAUUCAUCAAAACUACUUUCCAGCCCCGAAGAGGCAACAACUGAAGUCAACGAUGUGAAUGCUUCGUUAUUCUUCCCCAAAAUGGACAUGCUGAUAUCAGAUUAUUUUUCAUCUAUGCUCUUUCUUAUUAACUCAAUUGUUCAAGGUUUCCAAUCCUUUACUACUAAAAAGAAUAUAUUAGCUGAAUUGAAAAGGAGUGAGGUUUAUACUUUACUAUAUCUAUUAGAAGAUAUUGAUUGCAAUGUUAUACAAGAACAAGUUAAGUUAUUCAAGGAUACAGAAGAAAAUAUUUUAGAAGUAACUUCAAGAGAAUCUGGAGUCCAUAUCGAUAGUCCAUAUGGAUCGAUAUUACAGCAAUUAACUAAUCUGACGAGUAAUACUCAAUUGGAACCACAAAUAAAUUCUUUGCUAGAUCUAAUAUUAAAAUCAGUGAACAAAAAGACUUAUUCAGAGUCUUCGAAACUGUUGCAGUUCAUGGAAUCAUUUUUACAAUACUCUCUGGAUAAUUCAAACCAUAACCAUUAUGAGCAUCCAGAAACACUUUUCCAGGAAUCUGUUAAUAAUUUGAUGGAUUCAUUACAAUCGGACGAAAUUGCAAAGAGGGCAAUGUUGGAAUUAGAUGAGAAGCAAAGUCAAAUGAACAUACUAUCCAAUCAAUUAACUAAACUACGUAAUGAAAAGACAAUGGAUAAGAGCGAUAUUCUCGAUCAACUAAAACAAGUAACAGAUCUAUUGGAAUCGAAGGAUAGAGAACAGGAAAAACUGAUAUUAAAAGCUAAGUCAUUGGAAGAUAGUCUAAGAGAAGAGAAACGCAAGUAUGAUCAGUACGUUGCCCAUAAUAGAUAUAACGAAUCUAAUAAAAAGCUUUCCUCAGUGUUUAUAAACAUGAAGAAUCAUCCUGAAGAAAAAGACAAGAAUUUUAAACGCAAUCCUUCAAUUUCCUUACUGAAAAGCCACCGAAUGGAAUCGUUAUCAUCUUUGAUAAAAAAUCCACCAACUAGUUUAAAAGAUCAUUCCUCUGAUGAUCAUUUACUUCAGUUUCCUGCAAGUUCCCCGACCCUUAAUAUCAAAAAUUCUAGACUUUAUUCAACUGAGAUGGGGUCUCGUGAAACCAUAGCAGAUUCCUUUUCAGUAGACUCUGAUUUUUCCAACUCUAACUCAGAUAUCUUUAAUUCAAGUAUUUCCUUAACAUCGACACUUCUUUCACCGAUUGUUCAAUUUCCUCCACAACCUCCUCCACCGUUUGGACAAGAAAGUACAACAACUCUACCAGAACAGCAACAACUUCCUCCGCCACCACCUCCGCCUCCCCCACCUUUCUUAAAUGGAAAUAUACCAACGGCUCCUGGUCCUCCUCCGCCUUUUUUAACUGAAAACGCAAAUACUUCAACUGUUCCACCACCGCCACCUCCUCCACCACCUCCUCCACCACAAUUUUCUUCAAAUAGUACCCCAGGCAUUGUUCCUCCCCCGGCACCACCAUUACCUGAUGUUUCGAAUAGUCUGCCCGUACCUAAACUAUCUGAGACAAAGAAAAUAAAACAGAUUCAUUGGGAAAAAAUUGAAGAUAUUGAAAACACCUUUUGGGAUAACGAGCAGGAGAGAGAAGAAACUGUUACUGAGCUUCGCCAUAUGGGUAUAUUUAAGCAAAUUGAGGAUAUUUUUAAGAUGAAGAAUGUAUCUGUAAUAAUGAAAAAGAAGAAAGUUGUCUCCAGUAGUACUGAAUUAAUUUCAUUUUUAUCGAGAGACUUGGCUCAACAAUUUGGUAUUAAUUUGCAUAUAUUUGUCCAAUUGUCAGAAGAUGAGCUGGUUUCAAAAGUUUUACGUUGUGACGAUGAUAUUCUUGAAAAUGUCAGUGUCCUAGAAUUUUUUUGUAAAGAGGAAAUGACGCAUAUUAAUCCAAGUUUAGUAAGACAUUUGACACCAUAUAGCACUGAUUAUAUGAAUCCUGAAUCAGUACCGACUAAAAAUCCAGACGAGUUGCAAAGAGCAGAUAAGAUAUUUUUGAAACUAUCAUUUAAUUUAAGAUCGUACUGGAAUGAAAGAUCUCAAUGCUUAUUACUCUUAUGUACCUAUGAAAAGGAUUAUUAUGAUUUACUUUACAAACUGCAAAAGAUUGAUGAUGCAUUACAAAGAAUAUACCAUUCCGAAAGAUUUAAAAACCUCCUCUACAUCAUUGUUGAAAUUGGGAAUUUCAUGAAUACUAGACCGGUGUCCGGUAUUAGGUUAAGUGCGUUAAAUAAAUUGGCUUUUAUUAAAUCCAACAAUGACAAUAAUGUAUCAUUCUUACAUUACAUUGAAAGGGUAAUUCGAAUUCAUUAUGCGGAUGUUUAUGGAUUUAUUGAUGACCUUCACAAAGUGGAGGAACUAGGUAAAAUAUCAAUGGAUCAAGUUGCUCUACAAUGUGAAGAAUUUUGUUCCAAGAUUGACAAAAUGGUGUUUAAUAUUACCAAAGGUAAAUUGUCAGAUCCUCUUAAACUACAUCCAGAUGAUCAAAUUUUGAAAAAAGUGAAAUAUAAGAUAAAUAGGGCCAGAACAAAAGGAGAACUGUUAGGUGAUCAUUUUAAGUUGAGUAAUAACGAUUUCGAAAAAGUAAUGAGAUACUAUGGUGAAGAUCCAACUGAUGUAGAAUCCAAAAGUGUAUUUUUCCAAACUUUUGUGGAAUUUUCAACUCUAUUUAAGAAAUGUGCGAAGGAGAAUAUGGAAAGGGAAGAAGCUGAAAGAGUAUAUGCCCAGAGAAAGAAGAUUAUGGAGGCUUCGACACGGAAAGAUAGUGAUGUAGACUCGGGUACCGAUAACAUUGAUGGUGAAAACACUGCGGUAGACUCCUUGCUUGCUCAACUUCGUGGAGUCGAUAAGAAGCCAGAACCCUUACGUACGCGAAAGAGCGUUAAAGUAGUGACGAUCAAGUCUGGCGAAUCACUUCCCGUACCGGACGAGGAGAAGGAGAACAAAACGGUAACUGGUGAUGAAAAGCUGUUAGAGAGGACACAGGCUAUGUUAAAUGACAUACAAAACAUCUAA